AUGUCCACGUCCUCGGGUCCGGCCGAUACGUGGAUUUCGUCCUACUGCUCGACCGUUGGACAUGAGUAUUUCGCGGAAGUUUCGGAGGACUUUAUUGAGGAUGACUUUAACUUGACGGGUCUGCAGACCCAGGUUGCCAUGUACAAGGAGGCUUUAGAGAUGAUUCUUGAUGUGGAGCCCGAGGACGACGAGGAUGACGAAGAAGAAGACGAGGAAGACGACGAGGGCGAGUCAGGAGAGAACCAGGAUCGCAUGAUUGCGAGGCAAGAGAGACGACAUGCCGCCCACAGUCGAAUGGCCAGCGACCUGUCCGUCAUCGAGUCGUCAGCCGAGUUGCUGUAUGGUCUUAUCCACCAACGAUACAUCUGCUCGAGAGCCGGCAUCCAGCAAAUGAGCGAAAAGUACGAGCUCGGCCAUUUCGGCGCUUGCCCCCGCACCAAUUGCGAGAUGGCGCGAACUCUCCCCGUCGGGCUUUCCGACAUCCCUGGCGAGGACACGGUCAAGCUGUUUUGCCCCUCCUGCCUCGACGUAUACGUUCCCCCUAAUAGCCGAUUCCAGACCGUGGACGGCGCCUUCUUCGGCCGCACUUUCGGUGCCCUCUUCCUCCUGACCUUCCCCGAAUACGAUCUGACGAAACGCGGCGUCGAGUUCCUCUCCAACACGAGGAUCCAAGAGGGUUCCGAGAUCAUUAACGGUGUGUACGCGCGUAACAUAGCGCCGGGGCUUGGUCGAAACCGGAUCUACCAACCCAAGAUUUACGGCUUUAGGGUGUCUGAGCUCGCUCGCUCAGGGCCCCGUAUGCAGUGGCUGAGAAACCGACCCGAUAACCUAAACGAGCUCGACGAGGCCAGGCUCUACGCCGAGCAACACCCAGACUCCGAUUCCGACGAGGACAUGACCUCCACCGGGAGGGGCAUCGGCCGUCCCAGGCCUCCUGGGGGCGCUGCUAAAAUUCGAUCGAGGCGGCAUGGGCCCAACGGUAGCCCGAUGAACGUGGAGACUGCUAAUGGUGCGGAGUCAGAGCUAUGA